CAAUGCCAAGGUGAACACAAGUCCAUCAUGUAUCGGGACCAGUGCUGAAGCUGAAACCUGCACGGAGUCGAACCCUUGUAGGGACUGUCCAAGCUCAAUCAAUGAAGUACCUAGUUUUGACCACUGUGAACCCUCAAGCUCAAGCGAACUGGAUUGAUAAGCACCGCGAAUCGUUGGCAAGGAUGAUUUCACAAAUUAGGUAGCGAUGCGAUGCCCAUAGCGAUGGUAUAUCCGCUUUCGCAUCGCGUUGCCGCCUCUGGAAUCCGCCAGUGUUGACCAGGAACAGUAGUUCAGGUUACGAAUCACACCUCGUCAACUAGAGAUCAAUAUGGCCCUCAAACUCUACGGAUCGGCCAUGUCAAUCGCCCGCGUCCUGGUCACGCUCUAUGAGAAACCACUGCCAUUCGAAUUUAUCCGUGUCAAUAUCGCCCAGGGGGAACACAUAACCACAGAAAACAAGAAGAUGCAGCCGUUCGGCAAAGUGCCUGUGCUGGAAGACGAGGAAGACUAUAAAGCGUACGGGCGCUUCGAGCAAGCCUGCACCAUCGAACAGAGCUAUUUCGCGGCGGCGGCCGAGACCCUAAGGACCGAGCUGGUGAUUGAACGGGCCAAGGGACUGAGUCCUCCAGACCAGGCGCGAGUCCGUCAAGCCGAGGCGGACUUGGAUCAUGUCUUCGCGGUCUAUGAGGAGAUUCUGGGACGACAGAAGUAUCUAGCAGGAGAUGAACUCACCCUGGCUGACCUGUUUCACUUGCCGUUGGCAUCGACUCUGAAGGCCUUUGGAUAUCAGGCAGUGUUUGAGCGGUAUCCGAGUGUGGACAGGUGGUUCAAGGGCCUGCAAGGGCCUGCAGGAGCGGGAGAGCUGGGUCAAAGCUUCUGCACUGGCAGGAUAAAAAUGAACCAGCAUUGUGUUAGUCAAUGA